UGUGUGUGCGUGUGUGUGCAUCUAUAUUAGGAGUACAGAUGAAGCUCCAAAUCCCCAACAGGAAGCAGAGCUUUAAACUUCUUCUGUUGGUGUGCAUGAGAACAUGGAGCUGCAGAGGUCAGUCUGUUGGAUCGAUGAAGAGGAUGAUAAGGAAGAGGAGAUGAAGAUGCAGGGGGAGAACUACGAGUCAUCGGUCUCUCAGGAGAAAAAAGACUCCGAUGAUCCGAUCAGUAUUAAGACAGAUAAGUCGGGCCGUCUCCUGCUUGAGUCUCCAGCUGAUCUUCAGAAUCUUCUUCUGCUGAGGAAAACAAAGAGAGAGCAGAAAGCUGCGAUGAGGAAACCUGCAGCGCCCCCUGCUGUCCAGAUGGUGCCAUAUUAUGUUGAUGAGGAAGAUUUCUUUAAAGCCUGCGAUCACAAUCAGCUGCAGGUGAUUGAGAGGUACCUGUCAACAGGUGGAGACGUGGACGCCUGUGACACGUUUAAGCGUUCAGGACUGCACAGAGCGUCCUCUAAAGGUCACACAGAGGUCAUCUGUAAACUGAUCCAAGCCGGAGCAAACGUUCACCUGAGAGACAAGCUCUGGUCCACGUGUCUUCACUCCGUGUGUCGAGGAGGAAAUCAGUGUGCACUCAAACUGCUGCUGAACCACGGGGCUGACAUCACUGCCAGAGACAAGCUUGACAGCACCCCGCUUCAUGUCUCUGUGAGGACCGGACAUCAAGAUUGUGUCGAACAUCUGAUUCAAUGUGGAGCUGAAAUUAAUACACAGGACAGAGAAGGUGACUCUCCUCUUCAUGAUGCUGUUCGUCUUAAUAGAUGUAAAAUUGUUCAGCUGUUGUUGGAGCACGGAGCAGACACUCGCAUCACCAACCAGGACGGCUGCUGUCCCAUGGACGGGGUGCUGGAGUGGCAGAAUGAAACAAAGUCUCUUCUGAGCGACCAGAAAAGGAAGUGAAGACUCAUUUGUUCUUCAUCUCUGGGUGAAACAGAAACACGUCGAUAUAUUACAGAUAUAAAUACAGAUAUCUGUUGUAUACAUGUUGAAGUUAUAUAUCUGUGUUCAUGGAUAAAGCUCAAUAAAUCUGAACAGGUCAA